AUCCACAUUCACCAAAGAAGUAGAGCUAAAAAUAGCAAUAGUUGUGAUCAAAUAAUAAGUGGUCAUAAUAAUAAUGAUGAUGAGGAAGCAAAAACAAGUAGAGAAAAAAACAAAGACAUUCUUACUAGAAAAAUCACCAACAAAAGAAUACCAAAUAACAGCUCCAAGUCAUGAUGAUCAAUAUUAUUCCAAAGUCACAACUAUAGUCACAAAAAAAUCACCUCCUCCAAUUGAAUUUCCUACUUCACCACAACUCAUAUUUGGAGAAGAAAUAAUUCAUUUUAGUCAUCCACAACAUCCUCUUUCAAUGGUGGACCUUCCUGACCUAUUCAUUUGUGUAGGAUGUAAAGAAUAUGGUUCUGGAAAAAGAUUUGUUUGUCAACAAUGUGAUUAUCAACUUCAUGACUUUUGUGCUUUGGCUCCUCCUGCUCUUAAGGCUCAUCCUUUCCAUUCUCAACAUGCAGUUUUGUUCCAUUCCAAACCAGUGAAAAGUGGAAUGACAAAAUCCAAAUGUGACGUUUGUGGCAAAGUAACAAAAGGCUAUGCAUUCCUAUGCACAGCAUGUGCUUUCCAAAUGCAUCCAUGUUGUGCAAUGCUCAACACAGAAAUUGAAUUCCCAUCUCAUCCACACACUCUCAAACUCACACCUUCAACCACCACGGCCACAGCCGCAACAAACACGGACCACUCCAACACGAUCGUUUGCAACGAGUGCAAGAAACGAAGGUCGGGGAAAGUGUAUCGGUGCACAGUGUGCAACUAUAAUCUUCAUGCAUUUUGUGCUAAGAAUAAAGUUAAUGGUCUUCAAGCUAAUGGUAUUAGGGUUCCUGAAAAACCAAGUGUUCUUUCUGCUGCAGCUAAAGUUGCUUCUCAAGUUGUGAUUGAAUUUAUUGGUGGGUUUGUUGAAGGUAUUGGUGAAAGUAUGGGUGAAGUUCUAAUUCAAAAUAUUACCAAAGGAGGAAAUGCCAAUCACACUGGUACCAAUAAUAAUACGAGUACAAAACCUCGUAAAUAAUAAUAAUUUAUUCUAAAUAUAAAUAUAAAUCAUCGCAUGUUUUUCUCUAGUCCACGGAGAAAAAUUAAGUAAUAUACAAAAACAAGUAUUUUGGAACCAUGUUAUAAGAUAAGAAACGUUAGAGAAUUUAGAUUCUCAUCUAUAUUGAUUAUUUAUUGUUUGUAUCUCUUUCUCUCCUAAAUAAUAUGAGAGAAAAUUAUAGGGGAAUUCAUUCCUAGCUACACGUCCAUUAUAUUCCAUAUUGUGUACCAUAUUGUGCUAGCUAGGCAGUAGUACUGAUAUUUAUUUAUUUAUUUCUGCUUAAACGUGUUUAUUACAUUUGUGUGUAUAUUGUACAAUUUGAUGUAUAUUUAUUGUAUGUAUUUGUCACUUUUUUUAUUGGAUUUUAAAGUGUUCUAUUGGUGAAUCCUAUGAAUUGAAUCGGCUAUAGCAUGUUUUCAUGCAUUUUUUUA